CCGGCGGACGGAAACUGGGCGGAGUGAGCGGCCCCGGCCCCGCCAGCGGAGCCGUCCAGCCGUGCUCGGUGCCUGCGAAGUGCCGCGGCCACCCCCGCGGGGACGGACGGACGCAGCCGAGCCCCGCCGCCGGGGCGUGCCAGCGCCGCGCACCCCGCUCCUGCCAGGGCUCCGCCGCUCCGCAGCGCCAACAUGCCCGCCGUCGACAAGCUCCUCCUGGAAGAGGCUCUGCAGGACAGCCCGCAGACUCGUUCUUUGCUCAGUGUCUUUGAAGAAGAUGCAGGAACCCUUACAGAAUAUACAAACCAGUUGCUUCAGGCAAUGCAACGAGUCUACGGUGCACAGAAUGAAAUGUGUCUUGCCACACAACAGCUUUCGAAGCAGCUCCUUGCCUAUGAAAAGCAGCAUUUUGCCUUAGGUAAAGGAGAUGAAGAAGUGAUAUCCACCCUCCAUUAUUUUUCAAAAGUUGUGGAUGAGCUCAAUAUUCUUCAUUCUGAACUGGCAAAACAGCUUGCAGAUACAAUGGUUCUCCCAAUAAUACAAUUUCGAGAAAAAGAUCUCACAGAAGUAAGCACGCUGAAGGAUCUCUUUGGCCUUGCUAGCAAUGAACAUGACGUGUCCAUGGCAAAAUAUAGCAGGUUACCGAAAAGGAAAGAAAAUGAAAAGCUUAAGGCAGAAGUGGCAAAAGAAGUGGCAAAUGCAAGAAGAAAGCAGCACCUUUCAUCCUUGCAAUAUUACUGUGCCCUGAAUGCUCUGCAGUACAGGAAGAGAGUGGCUAUGAUGGAACCUAUGCUAGGAUAUACACGGGGACAGAUCAACUUCUUUAAGAAAGGAGCAGAGAUGUUUUCCAAAAGGAUGGACAGCUUUUUGUCAUCUGUUUCAGACAUGGUUCAGAGUAUACAAGGAGAGCUGGAUGCCGAAGCUGAAAAAAUGAGAAUAUCCCAGCAGGACUUAAUUGCAGUUAAUGAAUCUGUUUACACCCCAGAUUCUGAUGUAACUUCACCUGCCAUCAAUAGAAAUCUCAUCCAGAAGGCUGGCUAUCUAAAUCUUAGAAAUAAAACAGGUCUGGUGACUACAACUUGGGAAAGACUCUAUUUCUUCACUCAAGGUGGCAACUUGAUGUGUCAGCCAAGGGGAGCAGUAGCUGGAGGAUUGAUUCAGGACCUGGAUAACUGCUCUGUUAUGGCUGUGGACUGUGAAGACAGAAGAUACUGCUUUCAGAUCACUACUCCUACAGGCAAAGCGGGUAUAACUCUUCAAGCAGAAAGCAAGAAAGAAUAUGAGGAGUGGAUAUGUGCCAUCAACAACAUCUCCAGACAGAUCUACCUUACUGACAAUCCAGAGGCAGCUGCAAUCAAAUUAAAUCAGACAGCCCUGCAAGCAGUGACUCCCAUUACCAGCUUGGGAAAAAAACAUGAAGUUCAGCACCCCAGCCAGACUGUAAAGAAUAUGGAAAAUGACAAAAUAAUUCCCAGUGGAUCAGCUGGCAUUCAAGACUCCACACAACUCAUUGCUCCCGGAACACCAAUUCAAUUUGAUAUUGUACUGCCUGCUAUGGAAUUUCUGGACCAGAACAGAGGUGGCAGGCGUGCAAACCCAUUUGGGGAAUCUGAAGACAGCAGCAGAGAUGAGGAGGAAGAUUCCCUGCUGCAGCAGAUGUUCGUGGUUCGGUUUUUAGGGUCCAUGGCCGUGCAGUCCGACGAGACGUGCGAGGUGAUUUACGAAGCCAUGAGACAAGUGCUGGCUGCUCGGGCCAUUCACAACAUCUUCCGCAUGACUGAAUCCCACCUCAUGGUCACCAGCAAGAACCUGAGGUUAAUAGAUCCUCAAACCCAAGUUACACGAGCAAGCUUUGAACUCACCACUGUGACACAGUUUGCUGCCCAUCAGGAGAACAGGAGACUGAUUGGCUUUGUGAUCCGCCUCAGUGAGACUCUGGGAGAAGAAUCCAUGAGCGCAUAUGUUUUUGAGAGCAACACAGAAGGGGAAAAGAUUUGCUAUGCCAUUAGCUUGGGAAAAGAAAUUAUUGAGGCACAGAAGGAUCCAGAAGCAUUAGCUCAGCUAAUGAAGUCUGUGCCAUUAACAAAUGAUGGGAAGUUCAUGCUUCUGAAUGACUUGUCAGAAGAGGAUGGAACCAUGCAUGAAGGAGGGGAGGAAUCAGAAGUAUAAGCAGCUCCUGUCACUUCCUGCAGCCUGUGUGGGAGCAGAAAAGCAGGGAGUCUCUUUGCAAGAAUCUCUGGUUUUCAGUCACCUGCGGCCAGCUGCCCUUUCCUGCUGCAGCAGAGUCCCUCUGGAUUUACAGUGAAAGCACAGCAGGACUCGAGGCAUUUAGCAUUUGUGAAUGUGUAGGGUGGAACUGUGUCUGGGGAGCUGACAGUCCUGAGCAGGAGGCCAGUGCUGCUGGUGGGCAGGAGAGCACAGCUGUCAGCCACCGAGGGUUAAUGGUAUUUCUUACAUUUACAGACCCUGCAGCCUCUCAUUCCCCUGAAAUUUGUGUGAGCUGCCAGCUCCUCUUACAAAUAUCAGGCCUCAAACUUCCCACCAUAGUCAAUUUUCAUAGUUUGCAUGAUUAUGUGCAUCUGAAUGAAGGUUAAAAAUGCACUAUCUACUUUAUUUCAGAUAAAGUUAUUUUUAGUCUAGUUUAUGUGUAACAAGAUUUACCUUUUGUGUUAGCCUAUUUACAAAACAAUUUGUUAAACACUAAAUUUUUCCUAUUAAUAUAAACUAUUUUUAUAUUGCAUCUAGAAUAAGCUUACAAAACAAAUUUAAGUGCCUACUCUUACCUUUCAGGGGACUGCACUCUCACAUUCUGUAAUUAAAUAAUGGAAAAAUUGUACCUUCUUGAUUUAUUAUUCUAAAUACCACUGACAUGCAAACCUCAGAAGUAGGCAAUGAAUGUGGCAUGUUAGCUGUGUGCAGUUUUUCUAUGGUUAGGUUUGUUACCAGAGAUGGUAAUAGUAGGACAAAUAAGUACUUUUAUAGUAAAAAUUCUUUGUAUAUUUAACAUUGUGGUGACAUGCAACAGCUAAGUCUAUCACAACCCUUGGUUUUAAGAAACUGAGCAAUAAAAUGUUAGAUUACAAGUCUACAAUGUAUUGACAAGUCUCAUAGUACAUUCCUGAGACUGGACACUAGAGAGAUUUGGCUGAUAAGUUUACAUUUUUUUCCAUCCUGAAAACAUCAGCAACAUCACUUUGCAAGAGCAAACAAAAUAGACAAAAUGAAGACCUGUUAGUGGGGGGAGGGUGUAAUCUGUAGUAUAGUUUAUAUUAAUCAAGAUAAGGUACCUAGAAAAAAUGGCUGGAAUUCCUCAAACUUAAUUUAACUCUUCUCAGUCAUCAAGAAACUAGAUUUUCCAUAAGCAGAAUCUAUGCAACAGUAUCUGAAAGAUCCCAGAUUGGAAGUGUUUGACGUGGAAUAAAUCUAACUGAACUGGUUAUUUAAUGUUUAAAAGUACUGUGGAAGAAAACUGUUAGUAACUGACACAAAAACUUCUUUGUAAAUAAAAGCUGAAGCUGUCUUAUUAAGAAAAUUAUCACCCACUGAACUGGUGUUACUGAAAACACUGGGAAUGAGGUUCUCAAAAUCGCAUUUAUUAACACAGUUUUAUAUACAUAAUGUUCUCUACUCACAAACCAAAGAGACUGGAGUAACAAAAUACCCUUUUGUACAAUGAGUUAGGAAACAUUAAGUAUUACAUUUGGUCCUUUGUACCUGAGAAGCUGAAAACAGCUGUUGAUGGACGUCUGAUGCAACUCACAUGUUUUCCUGGUUCCAGGCUGCAUUAGGACCUGCAGAAGGUGCCCUUCAGCACCAGGAGUUUGAGUACUGGGGCCAUGCAAACCCUUGGUGGCAGGGCUGAAGGGAGCUGGGUGUCCACAACCCCUCCGAGAGCAGCUGCUGCACUUCCAGCAGCCUUGGCACAAGGCUGAACACCUGAGGGCAGUGGUGACAGCUGCCUGCUGGGGGGACAGCCUGGCCUUCAGCCUGUUCCUGCCCUGCCCCGAAGGAAAAAGCCCCUAGACAUGUUUUAUGUCCCUGCAGAAAAUUCAUCAUCCUCACUUCUGUCACUCCUGGGAAUUUCUGAGUUAGCAUGUUUGGCUUAGUGUAGGGAUUUUUUGUUUUAGCUCCAUUGUCUCCUCUCCAGACAACCGGUUAGGGUCCAUUUGGUUCCUGUAAUUGUAACAGGAGGCCAAAAGCAACAGAAAUAGUAGCACCACAGCGUGAAUUUUGCCCCCCCUUCCAUAUCCUUGUUGGGAGAAAAAAAGGACUUAAUGCAACUCAGUCACGUGACAUCCAAACCCAGGACCCACCUUGGAUUUCAGAUGAGAAAAAUCUUUCUGCAUGUCUAUGCUGCUACAUGACAAAGAGAAAGAAGGAAAUACAAACUACAGUCCUGUAUUAGCAAGAAUAGCUCUAUUAGCACUGUACAUGUUUGUGUAUGUAUAUAUUUUUGCCACACAGAGUAUACAUUCAGUUCUCCCAGAUAAAACAGGCAUCUAUAAAAAUAGGCUAUGUCUUUCCUCUAGAAUUUCCAUCACCAGAACCACGUGAAUUUGCUAACCACUGUGCAUGAAGGCAGUGCUCAGUUCACGUUAUGUUCAACUGCAAAGUCUUACCUUAGCAAGGCAAUGUCUUUCAAAAUUAAAAAUGGAGAAGGGAAAAUACAAGUACAGACUAGAGUGUGGGUUGUGUCUUGACUCCACACAGCUCCCUAGCAAGGCCAUCCUGGGGAAAGGAACACCAUCUGUGGGUGCUUCUGCCAUUGCUGUGGAAGAAGGAAAUGCAGCACUUGGCCAUUCCACUCCACAAACUUGGGUGACUCCAGCAGAGAUGGGAAUGCAGAAGGAUGUGCACAGCAACUGCAGCAGGAUGGGAAGCAGCAGCAAGAAUGCUGAUCUCAGCAAUGCUGCUGAGCAUUCAGUGCGGGCACAGUUUGGUCAAAAAAAAUGCACACUAAUUAAAAAAAAAAAAAA